GGCGCGGGGCGCGGCGCCGCGGGCCCCGGUAGCGGGGGCGCGGCCACAACCGCAGGGCAAAAGGGGGGCAUCGGAGCCGUGACCAUGCUGGGAGCCGGCGAGUUCAUCAGCUCCCCGCCCAGGAAGACGGUGCGGUUCGGGGGGACCCUGACCGAGAUCCUGCUGAAGUACGAAAAGGGUGACACCACAGAUUUUGAGUUGUUAAAACAUCAGCUGUCAGAUCCAGACAUAAAGGAUGCCCAGAUCAUUAAUUGGCUGCAUGAAUUUCGAGCUUCUGUUGCAUAUUUGACCAAAGAGCUUGAACAACUAGUCAACAUUUUGCUGAAGCUGCCAUGGCUGAGAAGGAGCCGAGAGGUAGUGGAAGAGUAUCUGGGCUUUCUUGGCAAUCUUGUGUCAGCACAAACAGUCCAUCUCAGGCCGUGCCUCCGGAUGAUUGUGUCACAGUUUGUCCCCCCUCGAAUAACCAUCAGAGAAGAUGAUGUGGAUAUUUCAGAUUCUGAUGAUGAUGAUGAAAACAUUUCUGAAAACUUCGACACAUGCCACAGAGCAUUGCAAACUGUUGCAGGAUAUGUUCCUUCGACACCACAGUUUCUCAUGCCGAUACUUGUGGAAUUCUUUCCCUUCAUUAAUAAAUCAGAAAGAACUCUGGAAUGUUAUGUCCAUAACCUGCUGCGAGUUACUGUGUAUCUUCCAAGUCUGAGGCUUCAGAUUCUGGAGCUUAUUAUUGAAAAGCUGCUGAAGUUGGAUGUUAGCACUCCACAGCAAGAUAUUGAAGAUGCUGAAGAAGCUGCUAAUAACUCUGCUAGCGAGGAAAAAUCUACAGAGGAGGGACUUUUUGACAUGGAGGAAGAUGAAGACAGAAAAGGAAACAAAGUUGUCUCUCCCAGUACUGAGAGAAUGGCCCAUCCACUUGCAGAGCGCCUGGACAUCCUGAUGACCAUCCUGUUUUCCUACAUUAAAGAUGUUUGUCAUGUGGAUGGUAAGCUUGACCUCAGCAACACAAAGGAUUUGUAUCGGGAUCUGGUUUCUGUUUUUGACAAGCUCAUUUUACCAACCCAUGCUUCAUGUCAUGUACAGUAUUUCAUGUUCUACAUCUGUAGCUUUAAAUUGGGGUUGGCUGAAGCAUUUUUAGACCAUCUUUGGAAGAAACUGCAGGAUCCAAACAAUCCUUCAGUAAUUAGGCAGACUGCUGGGAGUUAUAUUGGCAGCUUCUUGGCAAGAGCUAAAUUUAUUCCCAUUGUUACAGUGAAAGCAUGUCUGGAUCUUCUGGUGAACUGGUUACAUAAAUACAUUGAUAAUCAGGAUACAGGAGCUAAUGCCUACUGUGAUGUAGCUCUCCAUGGGCCAUUCUAUUCUACAUGCCAGGCAGUGUUCUACACACUUAUUUUCCGUCAUAAACAACUUUUGGAUGGAAAUUUAAGGAAAGGCCUGUCAUAUCUGCAGAGUUUAAAUUUUGAGCGCGUUGUAAUGUGUCAGCUAAACCCCCUGAAGAUUUGUAUCCCUUCUGUUGUCAACUUGUUUGCUGCCAUUACCAGGAAAUACCAGUUAGUGUUCUGCUACACGAUUAUUGAGAGGAACAACAGGCAGUUCAUCCCCGUUGUGCGGAGCGGCACCGGGGGUGACCUUGUGCAGACCUGCACCAACCCCCUCGACAGCUUCUUCCCCUUUGACCCCUACAUACUUAAAAGAUCAAAGAAGACCAUCGAUCCUAUGUAUCAGUUCUGGGAAGAGCUGAGUGCUGAAGAUCUUGAGAAUCUGAAGAAACCCAUUAAAAAGGGUUCUUCUGAAGAUGAAGAUGAUGACUUCUUGAAAGGAGAAACUCCUCAAAAUGAUGGUGUAGUUGAAAUUGCACCAAAUUCUUAUGAGUCAAACACACGGAGCCCUGUGAGCAGCAUUGGCUCUCCUGCAGACUGUUACGUGCCGUACCCACUGUGACACUGAAAACCAGAAUGGAAAAGGUUGAAAAUUGUGUGCAAUGUUUUACUCUGGAAAGAGACCUGAGCUCAACUUUCCAAACUGGCAAAUGUUUAAGUAACUACAUUUAAGAAAAAAUACUUUUUCUUAUUCAUCAGAUUUCUACAGAUAUGUUAUAGUAAAGUUAUAUGUUGCUAGAAAAGCUUAGAGAAUAAAUAGGGUGAUAUUUUACAAAUUUCACAUUGAAAUGUUUUUAUGACAUAGAAGGGUUUUUUUUUUAAUAGUUUUGUCCGACUUCAAAACUUCGUUUACUAAUGUUUCCCUACAAGGUUUUAAAUAUCAGGAGUGAAAUUCUGGUGUUUCUUCCUGCAGAUUUGUGUGGGGGCCAGAAUUCCACUGUCAGUGUUGUGACUCUGAUGACUCUUCUUGAGCUGGUUUCAAAGGAAUGGUGUAAUCUCUCAAUAGGCAGGGCAUGAAUCCAGUCUGGCAGUGGCUCUUCCACACACAAUUCUUCAGCUUUUCUUGUCUGUAGAACUGUACUUGGUGAAGCCACUUGCUAGUGGGAAGUGUACUGAGACAGAAAGCAUUAUCCCUCUGUAAAUCUGUAGCUGACACACACCUUUCCCAGCUAGGAAGGUCCUAGACAUAUAAAAGUGAUGGUUGUUGGAAGUGUUGAAAAUGAGGGAGUAGCUGAAUGUAUUAUUUGUAGAUAGUUUUCUUUGGGUGCUUGUGAAGUGCUCCAAGACAGGUAUUUAUUUGCCAGGUUUGAAGUUUAUAUGUGAAUGCUGAGAAUAGGAAAAAAAAAUAAUCUUCCCUUACGGAAAGGAUGUGAUGGUGUCAGUGGUCUCCUUGUGUUGUCCAUGUGUCUGUCAGUCAGUGUAGAGUUUCUCUACAGAUGUUUCUUGUCUUCUUUUCAUGGUUGCUGGUUUUUGGAGUUUGAGUAAGAAUAUUAGCAAUGGGAAAAAAAUAAAUGUUAUUCAUGUUAACAUUUAGUUGAAAAUUUUAUGUAUUUGAGACUAAACUCUUAAUUUCCCUUCUUUAGAAUCUGAACUUUGAGGCUUUCAAGACGUUUUUCUUUGGAGCCAAUAAAGUUCGAUGCAAACAGUGCAAUUCUUAACAUCCUUGAGAAAACAACAUCUCUAUGUAACUGAGGUGGCCUCUGUGUAGCCUGACUUCUCAGAGUUGGGGUGUUCAUUCUGACAGACUUCAGAAAUGAGUUUUGGGGAUGACACUGCAAAGUGCAUCAGUGGAUUCUUCAUUGUAUAAACUGAGAUGUUUUGGUUUUAAUUGUAGUCUUCUUUUUUGUCAGUCCUGAGUAAUAAACAAUAGA